AGUCGUGCGAGUGCAGCGAGCGCGAGAGUCUCUGUGCUCGAGCGGACUUGCUUCUUCUUUCGGGGAAAAAAACAAGAGAGCGCGAGAGAGGGACGGAGAGAGACGGGUCGCUGCUCUGCCGCAGUGUCGUUCGCUCUCGCGAUUCUUCGGAGAAGAAGCUGCGCGCGCGGAGAGAAGGAUAUACAGGCGUUCCGCGGAUCGGGGUUGCCCGGGAGAGCGCGCGUGCGUCCGUAGAACGCGCACACCCCGACCACCCGUAUGUACGCGUAUAACGCAUAUAUACACAACAACAGAAGUCUCUGCGAGUGUGCGAGUGUGCAACGCGCACUCGAGGGAUUAGGAGAGUGUUGGGAGAGGCGUGAAAGGCGGCUAGAGCGAACGGAACCUUGAAAGAGAGACGUGGAGAGAAAGAUAUUCGAGCAGUGCCGUAGCUACUCGGCUCCGAAGCCCCGCUUGCUCCUCCGCAAAGGCCACAUACACGCGUUCGAGCUCCGUGCGGGAGGCAGAGACCAUCGAGAUGCAGCAUCUGCAGCAGCGUAGGAGAACACCGUCGGCAGCGCUGUAGCAUGAGACAGGUGCAUCAGCAGCGGACGGCCCGGCGAGAGCAGCAGCAGCUCAGCCUCUCGUGAUGGCCCUCCGCCGAGAGCUACGCUCCCCUUUGUUCUCCUGAACAUCCGGCGACUGCAGCUCGCUGCACCGAGGAUUAAGGAUAAACGGGCGAGUGCGUAAAAAACGUAGAAUACGGCGUGUCCCAGGAACAAGAAGGAGGGGCGAGAGAGAUAGAGAGCGCGAGAUAGGUAUGGAAGGAGCCAAGUGAAGUGCGCGAGAGCAGCCUGCGGAGGGUUCGAUCGGCGUCGCGCGGACCGACAGGACAGGGAGUGAAAGAGAGGAGAGGACACGGAGCGCGCGCGCGCGUGUGUGUGUGUAUGUGCAUGUGUGCUGCUGCUACGGAGAGUCCACUGAGAAAGGGAGAGAGGAUGACGGGAGGAGCGACGAUGAGGCCACCGGAGAGGGCAUGCUGCUGCUUCCUCCUCCUGAUGCUGCUCCUGCUGGCCGAGGUGACGAGAUCAGCCGACUUGGCGAUCGAGAUCCCGGGUAACCUGAGCCAGGGUGGCAGCUGGUACCGGCUUGACUACAGUCCCCGAAUCGGCGACCCACCGCCAAACACGACGAUAGCCGCCUCGGAAAUCGGCGACGUCAUCAAGUUCCGCAAUGGACUGCCCGGCACGAGGUACGAGUACUGGCUCUACUACAGCAACGACACGCUUCACGAUUGGCUCACCUGGACGGCCUCCAUCACUACUCCUCCCGAUCCACCAUCGAACCUCACGGUGUCGGUGAAGAGCGGCAAGUCGGCGGUCGUCUACUGGGAGCCACCACGUCACGGCAACUACUCGGGCUUUCGGUUGCGCGUCCAGAGCUUCAACGACGCGAGCAACCCCUGGACGAGCGUCAUCCCCGCCGACGCGGCUCCCUACACCCUGAGGGACCUGACUCCUGGUGCCACUUACUCCCUCCAGCUGUUCACGGUUCUCGAGACCAAGGAGAGCGUCGCUUACACCAGCCGAAACUUCACCACCAAGCCGAAUACUCCAGGAAAGUUCAUCGUCUGGUUCCGCAACGAGACGACGCUCCUAGUCCUCUGGCAGCCGCCUUAUCCAGCUGGAAUUUACACUUAUUAUAAAGUUAGCAUAGAUCCUCAAGAUGCCGCUGAAUCCGUCCUCUACAUCGAGAAGGAAUCGGAACCGCCAGGACCAGCUCAGGCGGCUUUCAAAGGCCUUAUUCCCGGUCGAGCCUACAACAUCUCGGUGCAGACAGUGUCGGAGGAUGAGACCUCGGCCCCGACAACAGCUCAGUAUCGCACAGUACCUCUACGUCCUCUGAACGUCACCUUUGACAACUCUUCGGUCACGUCGACAUCUUUUCGGGUUUACUGGUCACCUCCCAACGGCAGCUCCGAGUUUGACAAGUACCAGAUCUCACUGGCGGGUAACCGACGCUUCGCCCCCGUGACGCGCAAUCGCGAGGAUGAGUGUCGCUGGGAGUUCAAGGACCUCGAGCCCGGCAAGACUUACCAGGUUGUCGUCAAGACCUUCUCCGGGAAAGUUUCCAGUUGGCCCGCCAGCAAAGACGUCACGCUGAGGCCCCUGCCGGUUCGAGAUCUCCGAGCCGAGAUUGACGAAAAAACCUGGAUGGUCGAGGUUUCUUGGAGCCCCGAGAACACCAGCACUCAGGACACUUACCGGGUCGAGUACCACGAAGUCGAAGCCACUAUCGGAGGCGACAGCAACGUUUUAACGACGAAUAAAACAAAGAUAACUCUGGAGGCACUGUUGCCAGGCCGAAACUACUCGAUAAUAGUCCAGGCGAUCAGCAACAAGGUCGAGUCGAACGAAACUGUGCUGUACCAGGUGACCAAGCCAUCUAGUCCCAUAAUCGAGGACCUCAAGAGCAUUGAGAAGGGUUUGAAUAUCUCGUGGAAGAGCGACGUGAAUUCUCGCCAAGAGAAGUUCGAGGUUACGCACAAUCGCAACGACACCGGCGAGAGCGCGACGACUCUCACGACCGAGUCGCACAUCGUCCUCGAGGAUUUGUACCCUGGAGCCGGUUACGAGGUCAAGGUCUUUGCCAUAAGUCACGGACUGCGCAGUGAACCGCACGCUUACUUCCAGGCUGUUUUGCCGCAUCCGCCACGAAAUCUCAGCAUUGAGAAGGUGACUAGCAAUACCGUGCUGGUACACUGGGAGGCGCCAACAGACUCGAUCUUUUCGGAAUACGCGAUCAGGUAUCGUACCGAGGACGACCCGCGAUGGGUGAAGUUGCCAAGCGUAAAGGAAACGGAAGCCGAGGUAGCCGACAUGACGCCUGGCGAGCGCUAUACCAUACAGGUCAAUACCGUCAGCUUUGGUGUCGAAAGCCUUUAUCCUCUUCAAGUCAACCACACGAUUCGUCCGAACCCAGUGCUGAACGUAACGCCGGUUAUCGAUUCGACGAACGUGACGCUCGAGUGGCCGCGACCCGAGGGUCGGAUCGAGUACUACGCACUCAAGUGGUGGCCCUUGGAUAUACCGGAGAGCAUACGCGUGAAAAACGUAACUGCGAGCAGCGACCUGUCGAGCAUCGGCUAUGAGGAUAGCUCCUCGACGCCGCCGAAUCAUAAUAUCGAGAGGAUUCUCGUGGGUGAUCUCAUGCCAGGGGUUGAGUACGUUUUCACCGUGUUCACGGUGUCCUACGACCUCGUCAGUGACAUCACCAGUCUGAAGACUCGCACGAGUGAAAAGGAACUGGGAACAGAUCAAGGUACAUUUUUUUUUCUGCCGCUGAUUCAGUCGGAGGUUGUGGUGGUGGUCGAUCGCGACCAGCCGGACUCGCUGACACUACGCUACACGCCAACGCCCGUCCAGUCGUCGCGUUUCGAUCUCUAUCGGUUUCGCAUAAGCGACGGCGUCAACACCACCCAGGAGCGCAUCGUCAACGACACCGACACCAAGGUCACGUUCACCGGAUUGACGCCAGGCAGGUUGUACAACGUUACCGUCUGGACCGUCAGUGAUAAGGUGGAGAGUAGGCCGCUACUCAGGCAGGAUAGAUUAUAUCCCGAGCCGAUAACGGCAAUCAACGCGACGGAGAUCAACGACACGAAGAUCACUUUAGCCUGGGAUCCGCCUCGCGGCGAGUACGACGCUUUUGAGGUGCAGUACAUCAACUCCGACGACAACUAUGUCCAGAACAUCACGUCGAUGAACAGCAUCACGAUAACCGAUCUCAAGCCUCAUCGUAACUACACCUUCACUUUGGUUGUUCGAUCCGGUACCGAAUCCAACUACCUCAGAAGAUCGAAUCCUUUGAGUGCUAGCUUCACGACAAGCGAGUCGUAUCCUGGAAGGGUCGAUAAGUUCCACCCGACGGAUAUUCAGCCCAGCGACAUCAGCUUCGAGUGGUCUCUUCCAACUCAGGAGCGGAAUGGCGUCAUUAGGAAAUUCAGCAUCACGUAUGGCCUCGAGGGCUCGGCGCACACGCAGGCGCACGACUUCAAGUCCAACGAGUUCCACGGCACGAUCAAGAACCUGAUUCCCGGCAAGACGUACAUCUUCCGCAUCCAGGCGGAGACGAGCGUCGGCUUCGGCCAGGAGGCCAUCUGGAAGCAGAAGAUGCCAAUCCUUGCACCGCCCAAGCCGCUGUCACAAGUCGUACCCACCGAGGUCUGCCGAAGCAGUACAACAAUACAGAUCAGGUUCAGAAAGAAUUACUUCAGCGAGAAAAACGGCGCGGUGACGUCGUACACGAUUAUCGUCGCCGAGGACGACACGAAGAACGCUAGUGGCUUGGAGAUGCCUAGUUGGAGAGAUGUGCAAGCUUACAGUAUCUGGCCACCUUAUCAGGUAAUGGAACCGUACUACCCCUUCAAAAAUGGCACUGUGGAGGACUUCACCAUCGGCAAGGAGAACUGCGAGAACAAGAGUGGCUACUGCAACGGACCGCUCAAGUCCGGCUCGACAUAUCGAGUGAAAGUCCGAGCUUUCACAGCACCUGACAAGUUCACCGAUACCAGCUACAGUUUUCCCAUUCAAACUGGAUUGCUGUUGGCAGAUAAGGACAAUACGGCAAUCAUAGUCGGGGUGACGGUGCCGAUCGUGUUGCUGCUGGCGCUGCUCGGCAUCGGACUACUAAUCAGGCGGCACAGGAGCCAAGGACGCAAGACCACCGAGACCCGAGCUACCGACGAGCUCUCACUGCCCGACAGCGUCAUCGAGACCAGAUCCCGUCCAAGCAUUCAGUUAGUGAAGCGAACUCGGCCAGUCAAGGUGUCGGAGUUUGCGGAGCAUUAUCGUCAUAUGUCAGCCGAUUCGGACUUCCGUUUCGCGGAGGAGUUCAAUGAGCUGAAAAACGUUGGCACGGACCUGCCCUGCACAGCUGCGGAUCUGCCUUGCAACAGGCCCAAGAAUCGUUUCACAAAUAUUCUGCCGUACGAUCACAGCAGAUUUAAGCUCCAACCCGUCGACGACGAAGAAGGAUCGGAUUACAUUAACGCCAGUUAUGUGCCUGGUCAAAAUUCUCCAAGAGAGUUCAUCGUCACGCAAGGUCCUCUACACUCAACAAGAGAUGACUUCUGGCGAAUGGUUUGGGAGAGCAACAGUAGAGCAAUUGUCAUGCUCACGCGUUGCAUCGAGAAGGGCCGGGAAAAGUGUGAUCACUACUGGCCAGCGGAUACUCUUCCUGUUUAUUAUGGUGACAUUUGUGUCACUAUUCUAAAUGAGGCGCAUUACUCCGAUUGGAGCAUAACUGAAUUCAUGCUCCGAAAGGGCGACUCAAAGCGCGUGAUUCAACAUUUCCACUUCACGACUUGGCCCGACUUUGGCGUGCCUUCGCCGCCUCAGGCUUUAGUGCGAUUUGUACGGGCGUUCCGCGAGCGCGUGCAGCCGGACCAACGACCAAUAGUCGUACAUUGCAGUGCCGGUGUUGGACGCAGUGGGACCUUUAUUACUCUCGACCGUAUACUCCAGCAGAUUCACGAAUGUGAAUACAUCGACAUAUUUGGUAUCGUCUAUGCCAUGAGGAAGGAGCGCGUCAGUAUGGUGCAAACCGAGCAGCAGUACAUCUGUAUACAUCACUGCCUGAAGGUCGUUCUCGAGGGCCAGGACAUGACAGGACCGCCUCGGGAGAUCCACGAUAAUCAGGGCUUUGAAGGAAAGAAUCGAAAUUCUGUUGAGAGCGCUAAGAGCCCAGUGGAGGCUGAGAAUGAAAAUGAAAAGGAAAGAUGACAUUCGAGCAGCGAGUACUACUCCGACGAUGACGAAGGUAUCGCCGAAUCGGGAAUGUGAUGAACGCGAAAGACUGAUACCGUGCAGCUCGAAGGAGGAGGACUCGCUGGAAGAGGAAGAGGAGUUGGUAGAGGAAGAAGAGGAGGAGUGCCAGAACCUCAAGUCGACAAAAGCCAAACUGACGAGGCCCCAGAGCUCCCAAGACAUUCCGAUCGAUUCGUCGCCGUUGAUCGACCGGCGUCGGCCGAGCCGGUGACAGGAUACAGGCGUCGAAAGGAUGCCGAUGGUGAACCUUUCGCGCGGGAUAAUCGACGACGACACACCUAUUACGCAUAAAGUAACCGAGAAGCAAAAGCCUCCGUCCAUUAUUGUCGAACGUUCGAGAGAACGUUCUGAGCAAACGUUGGUAGGUAGUCGAGGAGAUGCGUAAAUGACUCGAAUAAGUGUAAAGGGCAUGCAAACAUUUUUUUUUUAAUUUCGGCACAGUGACGAGAAAUGGUUUUUAUGAUUGAGAAUCUGAUUCUCAAUCGAAUAAUAAACCAUGAUUUAUAAUUGCCACAAAUAAAUUUAAUUAGCUUCUAGAAAGGAGCACUAAUCAAAUUUAAUUUCAUAACUUUGACAAAAAUGUGGCAAUGUUGAUCAUUUUAAAUGUAAACAUCGAAUUUAUUUAUUAUUUAGCUCAGACUUGUCGGUUUCGUAAAUCGAUGAAUAUCUCCAAUUUCUGUAUUAAUUAUUUUUAAAUCGGUGUGAGAUUACUUAUCAUGUGUGAGAUUACGUUUAACGAAUCUCUAAUAUGCCCCUAUCCGGGAAGGAUUCAUUGUUUUCUCGUACUGAGUGCCUCGACUACCUCGACGAUUACGUUAAUUUCUUGUAAAUAAUUAGUUACGUUAUAUUGAGCGAUCAAUUAGUUCUUUCACGUACAUUCGUUAGUUAGUUUUGUGAUAUAAAAUGCAAUUUAUAAAUUCUAUUAUUGUAGCUCCUUAAAGAGCUAUUAUCCUUAAUUAAUCGAGUACAUUACUUGAUAAACGCAAUUAUUAUCAGCUAAUUUUAGAAGCUUAAGCAAUUAGUUAUUUCGUUAGUAUAACUAAUCCAUUCAAUUAGUUGGUACGUUACUCAACUUGUUAUUAUUUGUAAAGUUACGAUUAUGCCACUACUCAGAUUCAUCGAAUAUCGUCUUGGGUUAAACGAUCCGAAAUUCAGACCAGCGAUUUUCCGUGUGUAUUGAAUACUAAAGUAUAAAACGUCAAUCAUCAAUAAAGGGCUACCUAAACGUCCUUGUAAAAAAAAAACGUAUUUGGGCUCGAAUUUUAUCCCAAUACUCAAUACUUUCCCUUCUUAAAGUUUAAAACGCAAAUAAAUAAAAUAAACAGGCGAAAAUCUGUGGGAACAAGAAACUCGCAUCUUCGUAGAAAGCCAUAUUUGCUCGCGGAAGUAUUACUUCGUGAACGCGAGAGUCGUAAAAAUGAGUAAAAUGAAAUGAGCGUCUCUUAAGGUCGCGGAGAAGUUACAAGUCUCGGAUUUUUUUCAAAUUAUUUGGAAGGAGGCGAGAUUUCUAAUAAAAGUGAGGAUUUUAAUAAAAUAACCAAACGCAUUGUAUAAUCGAAGAGCGCAAGUUUCGCCAACUGUAUAUGUGAAGAAGAAGGUGUAUUUGACUUUUCUACUUCGUUAGUCGUGUACGAAUGUUAAUAAUCACUUAUUUCUUGGCCCGAAUUUAAUAAUAUGUUCUCAUACAGAGUUUAAAAAGGGCCGUGAAUAUAUUCCUUUUAAAGAAUGUAUCAAGAACGUAUAAUACCUGUGAAUAGAAGAAGCGAGCUAAAGAUUCUUAAUUUUAAAUGUGCGCUUCGAAGCGUCUUAUAAACACAUAUCGUAAAAUCGCUAAUUGCUGAAGGUGCCACGGUCCUUGUCGGGCGUUAAAUAUGAUUCUGAGUUACCGACAAAAUGAGGGGAAUAAGAAAAUUUACAACUAUUUUGUUAAGAGUGUACUGCUCAAACUUAUUAUAAUACUACUCCGAGACUAACAAAUUGUAUAAAUGUACAAUAUCAAUGAUUUUUAGGUAUAUUUUAUUUUCAUUUUUAACAAUCGUAAGUUUGUCGGUAAAUCAGUCUUCCUAGAAUUUAAAUGAUUGUAAGCUAUAAAUAAUAAUGAAUUAGAUAUUUGUCUGAAAGACGUCGCUGUCGAUUUAACAGAGAGAAAAAUAAGUUGCAAAUGUCAAACAUUCUAUCGAGAAUUGUAUUAUUACUAUUAUUACGAUUGUUAUUGUUUUGCAGCAUUUUAUUAUUAUUAAUGAAUAAUAUCAUUAUCGAUAAUCGAUUAGUAUUAUUAAAGAAGUAUCGUCAUUGACAUCUGUGUAUCACUUUGCCAUUUUUUAUUGUUUGCGCUUGUCAAUUAUUCCUGUUUUCAUUACUGAAAGAGCGUCGGAGCAAUGAUUUUUAUCGAAUAGCCUUGUGAGAUUCGUCAAUUCCUGGUUGAUAAAGCCUUUUCUAUCAAUUUAAAAUUCAACUUAUCUUAACGUUUUAGUAGCGCGUAAUGGAAAGCCUAGACGAAAAUUUUACAUUUACAUUUUUAACAUCUUUCGUUUGAUAACGCGCAUUUUAUUCUAUGGCCAUUUUGUUUUUCCUUGGAAAUUAUGUUUGUGUUUAUCUUUUGACAGUGAAUUCAUUGCACAAAGAUCGAAAAGUCAUGACACUUUUUAGAGCAGUUAUGUUUUCUUUUGUACUUAAAUGACUAGAAGUCAGCGUGUGUUCGAAAAUGUUACGAGAUGUAAUUAAUUUUGUAUAAAAUAUUACAACUAAGUUUGCAAUUUUAGAAAAACAAAGAUUAUAUUAUCGCGCGAUAGGCCUAAGACAUAUUAAAAUGCCCUUGCAGAUGUGUAAUAAAGAACAAAGCGUAGAUUCAAUGCCGCGUGCGCGCAGAUAAUCGAUAAAUCAUCGUCUGUAUAGGUCGACGAAAUAUUCCAAUUUUCAGUAUGUGAAGCUAUAAUAGUUUGUAGAUUGAACAAAUCAUGUUGAAGUUGCGACUUUUUCGCAAUCGUACUAAAUACGAAUCUCGAACAAAGAUCCACAUAACGAUGUAAACUAGGUGUUACGAAUAUCUCCACUGCGAAGAGAUAAGCUACAGCUCUUACGUUAUUCUGUGAUAAUUGAUGAAUUACAAUUGUCUAUCGAUGUUCCGUCGCAGAUGAGUAACAGUAGGCUCGUUUUUAAUUUGCAAUAUCUCCAUUGUCGGCGUUGAAAACAGAGACCCGAAACCGAAGGUCAUUACUUACUGGAAAAUAAUGAAAAGUAAAGCACUGUACACGUCGGCCUUUUUUACGUCAUCGAAUGUAUCUCAAACUGAUAUUACAAUUUUUACUCAGAGAACGUUGUAAACAGUUAAUAUUUAUAUAUAUAUUUAAAACAAAACUUCCUUUUUAUAUGAAAAUUACGUCAUUUUUAAACUUUUUUGACAUUUGUAUAACUCGUAUUAAUAGACGCUGUAUAUGAAGUACUCAUAUUAUAUGAAAUUCUGUUUUUGAGAUUCGGACGUCGAUGAACGCGCAUAAUAAACAUGGUGUUCUUAAGGAAA